AUGGCAACCGGUGGCUUGAAUCUCUCUCGCGAGUUCUUUGAGGUCCUCAAAGCGAUUGGAGAAUCCAAGUCCAAGCAAGAAGAAGACCGCAUUAUUGCCAAGGAAGUUACCGUUCUUAAGCAAAAGCUAGAACCAACGCCUCCUGGAAAGACGCCUCCUCUACAAAAUAAAAAGCGAGCCAAGGAAUACCUUGUUCGCCUUUUGUAUGUGGAAAUGCUGGGUCACGAUGCCUCCUUUGGAUACAUCAAGGCUGUGGAAAUGGCAGCUUCUGCUUCUCUCUAUCACAAGCGAACAGGUUAUCUCGUUUGCAGUUCUUGUUUGUCUCCAGACCAUGAAUUCCGAUUCAUGUUGGUGAAUCAAAUGCAACGCGAUUUGCAAUCCACCAAUCUAUUGGAAAUUUGUGGUGGUCUCUUGGCUUCGGCAUCCCUCAUUACCUCGGACAUGGUUCCCGCCAUGUCGACAGAAGUGGCCAAGCUGCUGGCUCAUGACAGUGAGACAGUCCGCAAAAAGGCCAUUAUUACUCUACACCGGUUUCAUCAACUGGCGCCCGAUGUCGUUACGGAAGAUGAACUCUUCGAAAAGGUCCGCAAGGUGCUUUGUGACAGAGAUCCGUCUGUCAUGGGAUCUUGUUUGAAUGUCAUCGAAAGCAUGGCUCUUAGGGAACCAAUCAGAUUCAAGGACCUGAUUCCGUCGCUCGUGAGUAUCCUAAAACAAAUUGGAGACCACCGUUUGCCCAGUGAUUAUGAUUAUCAUCGAGUUCCUGCUCCAUGGAUGCAAAUCAAACUUGUGAGAAUCAUGGGAAUGCUCGGACAAGCCGAUGCCGAAGCUUCUUCCGGCAUGUACGAAAUUCUAAUGGAUACCAUGAAAAAGGCUGAUGUUGGAAUCAAUGCUGGUUACGCCAUUGUCUACGAGUGCGUCAAGUGCAUUACCAAGAUUUAUCCCAAUACCAAAUUGUUGGACGCGGCCGCUGACGCCAUUGCCCGCUUUAUGGAUUCCCGAUCCCACAACUUGAAAUAUUUGGGUGUGACUGGAUUGGCUCUCAUUGUCGAAACUCAUCCUCAAUACGCCACUCAGCAUCAAAUGGCCGUCAUGGACUGUUUGGAAGAUCCCGAUGAGACACUCCAACGCAAGACUUUGGAUUUGUUGUACCGAAUGACCAAUCCUGUUAAUGUGGAAUUCAUUACCGACAAGCUGUUGGUAUUCUUGGCGGGUACUACUGAUUUGUUCCUCAAGCAGCAACUGACGACUCGUGUCUGCAGCGUGGCAGAACGAUAUGCGCCCAACAAUGCAUGGUAUAUCAAGACAAUUACUCAACUCUUUGAAGUUUCGGGGGAUAUGGUCAAAGAAGAAGUUGCCCAGAACCUCAUGAGUUUGAUUGCCGAAGGAACGGGAGAAUCGGAAGACGAAGAUGUUCGACUAAGGCAAACGGCCGUUGAACUGUAUGUAUCUCUUCUGCAAGAGAAGCCUCCGGCCAAGUUGCCACGAAUCUUGUUGGAAACAAUGGCUUGGAUUUUGGGAGAGUACGCCUACCUGAGCUCAGUCUGCUCGUUGGAAGAUAUCUUGACUCGACUCUGCCGAUGGAACAAGAUUGGAGUCUUGGCAACUUCGACUCGCAAGUUUUUGACCAGUGCCAUUUUCAAGCUUGUGGCACAAGCUGGGACUUGUCCACCCCAAGCAGCUGCAGUAAUUGAUGAAUACACACGCAGUAAGGACCCUGAUCUUCAGCAGCGUUGUUUGGAGUUCCAGGGUCUGUUGACUACUGCUCCGCAAUACUUGGGAGAAAUCCUGCCCGUGGAUGCUGCCGCAGAAGAUGUCGAUGUUGACAUCAAUCUCAGCUUCUUGGAUGGCUACUGCCAACAAUCCCUGUCAGAAGGUGCUAGGCCCUAUUCCAAGCCAGAAGACGAUGAUGAUGACGACGAAGACUACGGCGCAUCAGCAUCUGAGACCCCAGCCUUCAAGAUGACGCCAUAUGCAAAGCCCGAUACCAAUGUCAGCCGAUCGCACAUGAUUCGAGGCAUGGGCAGUGGCGGUAUGGCUACGAGUGGAAGUAUUGUCACACCACCACCCGGUGGAAACAUGGGCAAUGCGUCUGUUACAUCAACUGCUUCUGCCGCCAACCCAGGGCUUGCAAAUGGUCUCACCCUCAAUACCCGUGGUGCUGCGAAUGUUUGGGGCAAAAAGCCAGCGGCUGCAGCAGCACCUACACCGCAACAAGCAGCCGCACCACCACCUCCGGCGCAAUCACCUGGAACCCACUCCAAUGUAUUUGCGGCAGCUGCUGGAUUCCGAUCGCAUACUUCCAGCAACAAUACCUACGGUGGUAGCAGCGGAUAUGGAGCACCUGCACCAGCUCCAGUGGUCCAAAAGACACCCGAACAAUUAGAGAAAGAACGACAAGCGGCAGCACUCUUUGGUGGCAUUGUGCCAGGAUCCGUACCUCCACCCGCUCCGGCUCCAGCGCCACCGCGACCAGUCCCAGCUGCGGCACCACCAGUAGCGGCAGCUCCUGCUCCACCGCCAGCCCCAGCAGCUGAAAUUGAUUUGUUAGACAUGAUGGGCUUUGAUAUGGCACCAGCUCCCGCACCUGCGGCAGCGGUCGAUGAUAUAUUUGGAAGUGCAAUGUUGGCGCCAACACCGGUUUCUGCUGAACCAGCAGCUCCGCCGCCCAUUGUGGAAACUGCCAGUGUGGACGAGGAGGAUCUUGGUCUUCAAGCUCCAGGAGGUGUGGAUAGACCAACGACUGCCGCAGCAGCCAUUACACCAGUUGAAACAAUUGAUCCAUUUGCCGCCGAAGGUCUUUUAGGAGACUUACAAGACAAACCAUUGGCGUCGUUUGGAGUUUCUAGUUCCAAAUUUGAAUUCAACGGCUCUGCUAUGGCACCAUUGAAGAUUACCACGGCACAAUUUGGACAACAGUGGGGUUCUUGCGCUGCAACUACUCCCGUUUCGAUUCCAUCGAGCAAGAAGGUUUCCUCUUUGGAUACUUUUAUGAAGGAGUGCGAAGCAGUUGGCUUACACCCAAUUGAAGCAAUUUCCGCCACGAACGAGGGAAUUUGUGCUGGUCAGAUCAACGGUGGCGUCAUGAUGGCAUUGGUCCAUGGAAAGGUUUCGCCCCAAGCCGGUGGCAACACGCGAUUGGAUAUUACCGUCAAGUCUAGUGAUUCUACCAUGGCUGGAUCACUCGCUCUUUACGUCCAAAACAUGAUGAAAUAA